AUGUAUAUAUUAAUAUUACUAAUUGUGUAAGCAUAUUCAAAGCACUCUUUUUCUGAGAAUACCAAAGUCAAAUCACUCAACCAAUCUGAGUUUGAAUAAUUCAACAUUGGUAAUAUACAUAUAUAUAAUUCAUAGGUCGAGACAACCAUUCCUGGUUUAUACUGUUUUAUAGACCAUCAUGUCCCCAUUGUUAAAAAGUUAUUCCUAUUUGGGAUAGUUUUGCUGAAUACAAUUAAACAUAGAGUAAAAUUGGUGCUGUCAAUUGGUAUAUUACAAAAUAAUUUUAGUGAGGUUGAAAAAAGUUUAUGUAAAUUAUUUUCAAUUGAUGCAGUACCAACUAUGAUUCUAAUUUCUGAAGGAGGAAAUCUACAUCAUUAUAGUGGAAACAGAACUAAAGAAUCAUUUGUUCAGUUUCUUGAUAAAAAUUGGCAAAAUAAUGAAAUAGAAACCCCUCCUAAAGAUGAUUUUUAGAUAUUUGAUACAACCACCAUAUUCAUUUUGUUAUUACUAGUGUUAGCUGGUUUUCUUAUUUGGAUAUACUUUUAAGAGAAGUACGAGUAUUCAUCAAUCAGCAGCUAAGCUAAUUAAAGUUCUAUUAUUGAAAUGCCAGAAAUCAAUAAACCAAUAGAAAUUUGAUUUUAUAUUAUUGUUUAAUAUAUUUGGCGAUAUUUAUU